GUGCGAGUCGAUCUCAUGCGUCAUCCCUCAGACACGUGCCAGCCAACUGACAGGAAACUUCGUCUCGUUUGUUUUCGCAGAACACCGGAGCAAUGUCCCAGCGUGGUCUCGUUGCUGGCGGAGAGCUACAACCCCCAUGUAAGAUACGGUGCGGCGAUGGCACUGGGAAUCGCGUGUGCCGGCACCGGCCUCAAGGAAGCCAUAGCACUGCUCGAUCCAAUGACGAACGAUUCGGUGAACUUUGUCCGCCAGGGCGCCCUGAUCGCCUCGGCGAUGAUACUGAUCCAGCAGACCGAGGCGACCUGCUCGCGGGUCAAGGAUUUCCGUGCUCUGUACGCGAAGGUGAUCGUGGACAAGCACGAGGACGUGAUGGCCAAGUUCGGCGCCAUCUUGGCGCAGGGGAUCAUCGACGCAGGUGGCCGUAACGUGACGGUGUCGUUGCAAUCAAGGACCGGUCACACGAACAUGCUGGCGGUGGUCGGCGCGUUGGUGUUCACCCAGUAUUGGUACUGGUUCCCGUUGGCCCACUGCUUGGCACUGGCGUUCACGCCGACUUGCCUAAUCGCUCUGAACGCCCAGCUGAAAAUGCCGAAGCUGGAGAUACGCUCGAACGCCAGGCCGAGCGUGUACGCGUAUCCGGCGCCCCUCGAAGAGAAGAAACGCGAGGAAAGGGAGAAAAUCACCACCGCUGUCCUCAGCAUCGCCGCCAGAGCACGGCGUCGCGAGACCGAGAGGCGUGCUCGCGACUUGCACGAGAAAAUGGAAGUGGAUCCGCCGGAGACGGCGAAGGAGCCCGUGGUCGAGAUGGCGUCGUCCAAGGAGAAGGAGGAGAAGCGGAAGGAGAAGGAGCCGGCGAAGGAGGCGAAAGAGACGAAGGAGAAGGUGGAGAAGAAGGGCAAGGACGAGGCGGAGAAGGGAACGGAGAAGGAGAAGAAGGAAGCCGAGCCGAGUUUCGAGAUCCUGCAGAAUCCGGCUCGCGUGCUAAGGCAGCAGCUGAAGGUGAUACAGUUGGCGGAGGGUAGCCAUUACGUGACCGUGAAAGACAUUCAGAUCGGCGGUAUCGUGAUGGUGAAGCAUAUCCAGUCGGACACCGAGGAGGAGCUUGUGGAACCGGUGGCUGCAUACGGCCCCCAUCCGGAGGAAGAACAGGAAGCUGAGCCGCCGGAGCCGUUCGAGUACACGGAGGAUUAAACAGUGACAAGCUGAGAACAACCUCCGUUCCGACUUUUAACGUCUGACUCUGACGCGACGCAAAUUACUCAUACACGCAUACGCACUAUAGCUCGCUGUUUCGUAUAGUAGAGGCAAACAGAAUCGGGGCCAUCCCCUGUUCUUUUUUUUGUAUAAUUAAUUUUCGUCGUCGUUGUGCCGACGAACUGACGGUUGUUCAGAUUAUUUAUCGUCCAAGCAACCAAGAAACCGCCACGCCGUUUCGUUGUUUUUUAAUAAAUGUAUAAUUUGCUCUGA